AUGGUGGGGACGCUGGCGCUGCCCGAGGGGCCCGAGCCGCUGGACAGGAAGCGGCGCGGCGAGCGGGUGCUGGACAGCCCCGACUCCGGCCUGCCGCCCAGCCCCAGCCACUGGCUGCUGGCCCCCGGCCCCGAGCGCGCUGCGCCCCCCGAGCUGCCCCAGCCGGACGCCGCGGGCCUGGCGCCGCCGAAUGCUGUGUUCUCCCCCAACCCGCUGCUCUCCAGCUGCCCUGCGAGGUUAUGCCCUUUAUCCUUUGGCGAAGGAGUUGAGUUUGACCCUCUGCCACCAAAGGAAAUAAGGUACACCUCCUCGGUGAAGUAUGACUCAGAGAAGCACUUCAUCGAUGAUGUCUAUAUGCCGGUGGGUUUAGGCAUUUCCUCAUGCAGCCAAACAGUCGUCUGCAUCCCUGAUUGCACGUGGCGCAGUUACAAAGCCGAGGUCCACUUUGAGCCUCGGAACAAGCCCUUGCGUUUCACCAGCACCACCAUUGUCUACCCAAAGCACACCAAAACUGUGUACACCACCACUCUGGAUUACAACUGCAGGAAGUCCAUGCGGCGGUUCUUGUCCAGCAUAGAGCUGGAGUCUGCAGAAUACCCUGGGAAUGAUUACCUCCUGGAUGGCUGCUGACUGACACCUGUCUCUCUUGCUGUGAUCCAUCCUAGUCCCUUUCUACUGUACUAACUCUCCACUAGCUAAAGUGGGUAAAAAAUCCUAAUUGCCCAGUCACUCUAAGGGAACCUUACCUGUCGCUACCUCUGUCCCAGCUCAUAAAUUCAGCUUUAAUGGCCUGCAUUUAAUUUUCUAUGGGAAUUUAGCUUUUCAAGAUACCAGUUUAUCCUCCUUUAGAGCUGCUGAUUCCCUCCCCUGCUCCCACGUUGCAGUAAUCAGGUGAAAAUAAGGGAAAUGUUUCCAAAGAGGAAAAGUUAGUUGCUCUUUCACAGAUAAGGAAGAGUCUGGGACAGUGGGAAAAUGUACAUGAUUCUUCAUGCUGAUGUGUAAAACCAAUGACAAUUCUCUUGCUGCAGAAAAUUUAGCAGAUAAUUCAGCCACUUGUAAACAGAGAGCCAUAAUUAAUUUCAGCUUUAGUCACAGGACCUUGGUAAAGCAGAAAGUGCUGACAUCCUUUGGCAUAGGCUAGCUGAUGGGAAAUCCAGAACUGUAUAUUUAAGCAGAUGUUUUUAAUUGCUCUCAUGCCUGUUUUUAAAGAUGGUUCCUUUAAGGAGGAGGGAGGUGGGAUGGAAAGAGUUUAAUUAGAGCAAGAGUUAAAUUGCAUUUGGGUAGCUGUAGGCAAUCGGCAUAGAAGGAACUGGGUUAUCUUUCUUCCGGCUCCCCUAAUCUUACAGAACAUUUUGUGUACUUCUCAGUUAGUUAAUCCAGCCUCAAACUUGUGCAACUAUUUUGUCAGUGCUGCAGAUGCUAGAAUUUGCAGGCUCUGUACUGUAACUUGCGAAGAAUAUUGUGCAGAAAAUUAUCUCUGAGGGUGAUGAAUUUUGGAACGCCAAGUGUAGACAUCCGCUAGUUUCAAACCGCUAUAUGUGCUAAUGCUGGCACCGUUCCUCAUUCAAGUGGAGCCGCAACAGUGGGAGAAUGUUAGGAAAUCCACAUCGUGGAGGUCAUAAAGUGGAAGUAGAAACCUGGGAAUCCAGCAGCAUCACCUAGGGUACGUGGGAGUGACUUGCCAAGGAAGGCAUUGAUUGCGACAAAGGGAAUGCAAAACUGUCAACUGGCUAGAUCCACAGCCAUGCCUGUGCUUUCCUUGUUGGACUUCACGAAGAUCAUUAUUCUGUCUUACGUUUUUUGAUCCGACGGUGUUGAUGAUUUCACUGGGGCAAGGAAGGUCUUCCAUGCCCAGCAGCUUCCUGAGCAGCCCUGCAGUAACAAAUCAGCUGGAGAUCACUGAGGGUUGGGGGGUGGGCAAGAGAGAGGUGGUGAGAAUAAUCACUUCAGAAUAACCUGCACCUUAACAUUGUCUUUGUCACACUGUCAUGCACUUUGACCAAACAGAAAGUGUGGCUUUCUAAACCUCCAAAAUCACUGUGUCUUUGUUGAAAGAGAGGAGAGCAGCAUAGAAAGUGCGUGCUUUCGAAGAUGUGGCUUGUACUCCUCAUUGAUGUAGUAGUGAUAUUGUGCAUCAGAGAGCAAGGAAUGCAGAAUGUGUGCUGGCUGGAGAUUAUUAUUGGGGCUGCAGUAAGAUAGAUCUGCAGUUUUACAAAUGGCCUGUGCAGAGGUAUACUUUGCAGUGUGGUACAAAUGGCCUGUGGAGAGGUAUAUUCUGCAAUGUGCUACUAGUGUGAGCUGAAGUGAUUCAAGAGACUGAAAGUGCAAUGGAAGAGAGGAUUGUUGUUGUUUUUUUUGCCUAUUUAUUCCCUUGAAUCAGUAGUUUCUUUAAUCCUUGUUUCCUGCCCUAAAACAUUUCCAAGGGAGACUUGGAAUGCUGAGUUUAAAUAGCCAUCCCCAUAAGAGACUAUGGGUACGGGGAUUCUGAUCAGACCUUUGACCCCACUGAAGCUAUUGGAACUGCAUGGGAUGUGAAUCAGGGCCAGAACUACCAGCAUGAGUAGCAUAGCCUAGUACCAAAUGCAUUGAAUCUAGUCUGUACUAUUUAAGAAAUGCUAAUUACAUUCCCACUAAGACCAUUCCUUAAGUGUUUGCCAAAAGUGCACUUGUGACAGGGCACAAGCCAACCUGUGCGUAGGGGUUUCAAACAUAACUUCUCUGUUGGACAGGUUAUUCCAUUAUUGCUAGCUUGUACUUUCCUCCUGCCACUGUAGGAGACAGGAUACUCGACUAGAAUGGAUGCCUGGUUUACUAUCACUGUUCCCCUGAAUUCAUUACAAGAUUUUGGAGAGAGGUUUUAUUUUAAAAUUGUAACCAUGACCUGUUCCAAGUUAAAUUAGAAAUAACUCUUACACUAUGGUUUAGGACACAACACAUGCUUUAAAAACACAGAUUUAUUGAUGUUCCUCUUUAAAAAGAUGGUAACAGAUGGAAGAUUCUUUUUAAAAAAUUCAGGUUACUAUAUUGCAACACCUUGGUUCUCAGUGUGCAAGAUCCAAUAUGUUCUGCUGUCUCUGACAAAAUCCCCACCC